UGACAUUGCGGUCAGCACACGAGACAUAACCGGACGUCUGUGAUCAACAGUGCAAACUUUAGAAAACUAAAUACUUGUGUUGUCAAAUUGAUCAUAACCUUUGUGCAUAUUUAAGAUCUAUAUAAAGUUAAACAUGUUGAUUCGAGAAUUCCAAAAAGCUGACAAAGUGUUGAGAAAACUUAAGUACAAACAAACAAAGCUGAUUUAAUCUGUUCAUACUUUUGUGCACCACAUACAUGUAUCGCACACGUGUCAUCAGAGUGGUUUAUACGGACUAUAAAAUUCAACAUACAAUUCGUGAAAAACAAAACAAUUUAUUCUGAAUUAGAUGUCAAACUUUUAAUUGAAUGUUGAAUGUUAUCUGUAUAUCUUGAGUGUAUCAUAAUCCAUGCCCUAAAGGACAAAAUUUAAGCAACAGCUAUGAAUGUCAAUAUGAAGAAGACACUACAGGAAUGAUACUGUGGGAAAAAAAUCAAUGUUCUUUCUUUUAAUCAAUACCUCAAGUUACAGUGGGAAUGAUGAAAAGAUGGAUUUUUAUUUCAUUGAUGACCAGCACGUGCAAUGAGUCACACAGGAUUUCAAACUUUAAGCAGUAUUGAUAAUAACAGAGAACUAUAACAUCAGAUAUUGCUAAGUUGAUGCUAAUGACAAAGCACGCGUUGAUGAAGCAUUAUUAAGGAAAUAUCGCUAGUGAACAGAUGUGUGUCUUAAAGAUGUAAAAUUACAACAUUCAACAACUGUUUUACAACAUCAGUUCUCAGCAAGUGUUGGAAUUAAUCUCUAGUCGUCUGCCAAAAUUACGGAAAAUUUAUUUUUAUUCAAAAUGCAUUGCAAUACUGGAAUUAUCUUUCAUGUUUUCAUAUUUUUUAUAGUUAUUUCACUAUCUUUUUGUGAAAAAAGAUGUACACUUUCUUAUGAAAAUGAAAUUCACAUUGCUAACUGUAGUGGAAUUGGAUUAAAUCACAUACCGUUUGAACUUCAUCAUAAUAUAAAAAUACUUGAUCUCCGAAAUAAUGGUUUAAAAGUGAUUGGUGCUAAUGCUUUUGCAAAAUAUGAUAUGCUGACACAACUAUAUUUGCAAAACAACUCACUACAAGAAAUAAAAGCAAAUGCUUUUGCCCAACUUACUCAACUGAAGCAUUUAGAUUUAUCGGUGAAUCAGUUGACGAGUGUGCCGACUUCAGCUUUUCCUGGACUUACGUCUCUUCUAGUGCUUAAUUUUAAAGGUAAUAAAUUCAGCCAUCUUGAAGAUGCUGCCUUUACUGGAUUACCAUCUUUGACAAGUCUAUAUCUUGAUGGAAACUAUAUUGAAUAUGUCGGAAACAAUGCUUUCGAAGAAUUGAGCUAUUUACAAACAUUGGAAUUACAAAACAAUAAUUUGAAAACUUUGAGUGAAGAAUCUGUGCAAUACUUUACAAAACAAUUCAAGUCUUUCAAACUUUACAAUAAUCCGUGGUUCUGCGAUUGUCGCAUCAGAUGGCUGCAGCAAUACUUACACAAUUCAUCAUAUCAUAGUUUAAUUCAUUGGAUAUUUCCUGAAGGGGAGCCGCAAUGCAAUUCACCAAGCUUAGUAAAAGACAAAUCUUUUUCACAGCUGGAUGAGAGUGACUUCGUUUGUGAAAUCAUAAUGUAUUCUAGUAAUCAAGAUCUCACAAUAAAACCGAAAGAUAAAAUUGAACUUUACUGUAAUUAUUAUGCCGACCCUUAUUCAUCACCAAAGUGGACAAAAAAUGGGAUGGAAUUAACAAGUGAUGGACUAUAUGGUCAAUAUAGCAUUGACACAAAGCAAGAGUCUAUGAUAUAUAGUACUCUGACGAUUUUAGAUUUUAGUGCUAAUGAUAUGGGACAAUACAAGUGUUCUGUGGAAAAUGCGAGGAGUUCUGGGAGUUUAAAGUUCACAUUGUCCUUAGAAGGGCAUAAAUUUGACCCGUCUAUAGUGAAACCUUCUCCAAUAGAGGAACAAAAAAACUCACGAAAUAAUCAUACGAUAAAAAUUACCUUAUCAGUAGUUGGUGGCUUUUUACUUCUUUUGGUUUUGAUUGGAAUGUUUAUUUACAUGUUACUAAGAUUUCGAAGGAAACAUCAACGAAAACUGGAAGAACGAAGUCAGACAUUCAAAGAACAUCUUAAAACAAAUGUCUUGAAUCAAUCAGAUAUUACCGAAUCAGAAAAAUAUGAUAAAAAACCACCAGUGAAUGGGGAUAUGGAAAUUAUGGAAUGUGAACCAUUAUAUGCACAAGUCAGAAAAGACUUAAAUCCUAAUAAUACUUAUGUGUCAUUCCAAGGAGAAUUUAAUGACCCUGAAGAUAAUGGUGGCUUCUCAUCCUCCACCAAUCAAACUAAAGGAAGCGAUAGUUCUCAGUGUGAAUCAACUUCACCAUUACUUGAUGACUGUUCUCCCAUUCCAUGUGAAUCUCAUGACCUACUUUAUGACCCCUCACAUGGUGCAGGAUCAUAUUAUCAUACUCCACAACGAGCUCAAACUUUAAACUCUCGAUUCCUGCCAUCGUUAAGUUCAUAUGAAACGUAUGACACUUAUCUAUCAUAUAGUACACCGUAUAGUACUCUAUCACGCAAUGGGAACAAUAUUCAUGGCUCUCACAAUGGGAGUUAUUAUCAUGGUCCACAUGGACACUACCCAAUGAAUGGGACACAUACAUUACCAUUAAAUAGUGCUAAUAGAAUUCCUCACAAAAGUGCUUCAACAAGUUAUAUAGGACCUUUACCGCCAAAGAAACCACCACGAGUGUUUCAUUCACGAGAUAGUAUGUCACUUUCACAAACAAGUAGUAGUGCUGGCAGUGAACCAUCACAUACAACAAAAAAACUGUCGUUGCCAAAACCUGGUACGGUUGAUUCAUUUGGGACUGCAGUAUGAUACUUUACAACAAUGUAUUCACAUACUUCAACUUAUAUAUUUAAUAAGUAAAUUGCAAGAAUAUUUAAGAUCCCUCUAUUAAUAUUUUUUUUUAUUUUUUUUGCAAUUUGAGGGGAAAAGGAACAUAAACAUGAAACAACACAAAAGAUUAACCUAAACACUAUCAUGAUAACUGUUUUAAGUUAAAUUUAAAGACCCAGCUAAAAAUUAAAUAUUUUGGGCUUCUUGGUCACUAAUCAUGCUAAUAACCCCCCUUUUUAUUGUAAGUCAUAGAGGAUAUGACUUUUCUUUUCAAAGACUGGAAGUCUUAAAGAUGAUCUUUUCAGCAACAAUUUCAUUAGUUUUCCAAAACAUAACAAUUAUUCCAGUUAGACAUUCAUUUAUUCCUUUGGAUUUUUUAAAUUAUUUUCUUCUAUAAAGUGUAUUUGUUACGACCAAAUAUUUCAAAUCAUUUCUGAAAUUGUUAUUUUUAUUUUUGUAUUUUAGUCUGGAUUUUGUAGAAAUAAAAUAUUAGACCGGAUUUUGUGGGCAUUACUUGUAAUAAAUAUGCCAGCUUUUUUUCAAUUUACAUUCCAGCUUUUUCUAAAAUAAAUCAUAGAAUAAGCAAAAUAAAUCAUACAUGUACAUGUAGUUUCAUUUUUUUAUUGUGUGACCAAUGCCUACUGUUCAUAGCUUUUAAAAUGCUUGUUGUCAUUUUGGUGUAAGUUAUUCAAGUGCAAUUUUUGUGUAUGUUUUGCUAUCACCAAAUUAUUUUUAUUGAAACAUUCCAUGAAUAUAUGCUGAUUUAACACUGAAAACAUUAAACUUAAAUCUUUGAAAGUGUGGACACAUAUUAAUAAGAGGGUCAUAAAAAGUUUCUACUGUAGCACCUUUUAAAAAGCAAAGGAUUGACAAACAAUUGCUCGGGUACAAAACGCUUAUCAUUUCUGUAAAUGAAUUCCAGGGCCUUUAAUU